CAUACAUUUUAAAACAAUAAGAACAAAACUGAAAAAAUUUUCCUUUUUUAUUUUCGAAAUUUUUCUGAUCGGCAAUAAACUGGCUAAAACUUUAUUUGGUCAUGUGAUUAUGUGAGUUACCACAAAAAAGAGCUUGGCCUGGUCGGUUUUGCGUUUCUCAGAUAAGAUACUGUGACCUUGACACGAAAUUGGCAUUGAACAUCAGUUUUUUGAACUACAAAUUUGGGAAUUUUUUUAUGGGAAAAUCGGAAAACAAUAAAAAAUGGCGUGUUGAAAUAAAAAGUUAAAAGAUAAUGUUGUUUCUUGCAAAAGUUGUAAGAAUGCCACACAUUGUUUUUGCGAUCUAAAUUGUGCGUCCUCGUGAUUUUCUUAAUGCUCCCACACGAUUUCAUCAGAUAGUUGUUAUUGGCUGUUGUUGCCUUUUUAUUUCAACUCCAUUUACAUAUUCCUUUAUUCCGGGUUUCUAAGCCUCAAUGCAUAUAUUUCAGUCAGGCUGGGCGUCAGAGAAAGGUAUUUAUUCAAGAAACAAACGGGAUUUCUCUUCUAGGAUACCGUCGAUCUGAAAAAGAAACUAGCAUUAAAACGCUUUCUUGAAAUGUUGGAAAGAUUAAAAAAAUUCACUACGGUGGAAAGAACGAUAAUUGGUUGAAAAAAACGCUCCUAGUUGAAGUUAAAAAUCAAUUCAUUCUGAAUAAUUUUCAAAUUCAAUGAGUAUUGAAAAUUAUCAAGGUGCAAACAUUUCGGGGACGGAGAAAGUGGGAGGAAGGAUUCGGAAGCUAAAAAGAGGGGCAUGUGAAGAAACCUAUUUCUAGAUACUGAAUAAUUACAAGCUUACUUUUCCUCUGUACAGUCAACACAUAGAUUAAAAUGAUGGGGAGAAUAGAUAUAAAGGAUGAGUACAAUAUGGUGUACAUGAUAUUCUUCUAUCUCUCGGUUGGGAUGCUUCUACCAUGGAAUUUCUUUAUUAACGUCAACGGUUAUUGGAUGUUCAAAUUUAGAACUGUCAACGAAACCAUAGAGGGAAACAAUACAGAUAUUGGUCCAGGUAAGCUGAAUGACCGCCAGCUUGAGUUCACUGCAGAUCUAGCUUUAGCUGCCAUGCUUCCUAAUGUUAUGUUUCUCAUUGUUAACGGUUUGAUAGGACAUAGACUGAGAAUUAUUCCCAGGUUGAUUUUUUCCCUGAUUGGAGUGGUUAUAUUAUUCAUGGUUACGACUGGGUCUUGGUGGUGUGAUCACAGCACUGCUAAAUAUAAUUCUAUUGGCUAUUGGAGGAAAUGACGUGGAUGCCGCGUUCUAUUGUUUCCUGCUUUCAGUCGUCUUCCUUUCCGGCUCAGUUUUAGUAUUUUUUGGCCUCACGAAGACAAGGUUGUUCAAGCACUAUACACAGAGUGCAAUAACUUUAUCAAGUGAGGAAACAUCUCUCCUUGAUCCUCCAGGAGUCAACCAAGAGGUUUCUUUGAUCGAGGUGAUCAAGAUCAUCUGGGAGGAGGAGAUCACCGUCUUUCUCAUCUAUGUUGUCACUCUGGCCUGUUUUCCGGCUGUCACUGUUCUUGUUCAAUCCACAAAUAAGGGAUUGCCGGGGUCCGGAAACUGGGAAAACCUGUACUUUGUUCCUGUUUCCUGUUUCCUGUUUUUCAACUUGGGAGAUUAUUUUGGUAGAACAUUAUCCUCCAUCAACCGUUUUCCUAAACCUGGCCCUAAACUCUGCCUUCUUCUAGCUGUCGUCAGGAUUUUCUUCAUUCCCUUGUUCAUGAUGUGCAAUGCAGUACCAGAGAGUCGCUACUAUACACCCAUCCUGAUUUACUCUGAUACGGCCUACAUCCUCCUCAUCUUCAUCUUAUCCAUCAGCAACGGGUACAUGACCGGCAUAGUGAUGGUGUCUGCACCCUACAGAGUUCCGGUUCAUCUCAAACAAACAGCUGCAAACUUCAUGGCCGGGAUACUUGGAGUAGGUUUAGCAGCUGGAGCAGCUAUAAGUUCAGCUGCUGUUCAGCUUCUGUAACAUCUGGAGCAGCUUUAAGUGCAGCUGCUUUUCAGCUUCUAUAACAGCAGCCACAGCUCUUGUGACUACUGCUGCAGCUAUAAGUACAGCUGUUGCACAGAUCUAUUUACAGCUGGAGUAUCUUUUAGUGCAGCUGUUGCACAGGUAUUAACAGCUGAAACAGCUAUUACUUCAGCUAGCUCAAGUAGCUGCCACUGUAGAUUUCAUGUAGCAGCUAUUAGUUUAGUUUUUAUGUAGCUCAUGUGGCAGCUGUUUAUUCAACUAUAAUAAAGCUCCUGCACCACGUAGCAGUGACCAGGUCAAUUACUGGUCCACUUCAUCAUGAGCUAUUAGUUUAACUAUUAAAUUUCUCUUUUAGCAGCUAUCAGUCCAUCUUGUUUUUAGGCAAAUUUAUAGUUCCUAUAAUUGCUUGUUGUUUAGCUAUUGUAUGGUUCCUCCUGUAGUGCAGCUAAUGUAUUGUUUCUGUAUAAGCUAUUUGUCUUAUAGCAACUUUGUAGCUUCUGUAGCAGCUAUAAGUAAAGCUACUGUAAAGCUUAUAUAGCAGAUAUUAUAUCAGCUAUUUUUAUCUGGCUUCCGUCCGUAGCUGUAGUACUUAUCAAAAAGAUAAGCUAUUAUACAGCUCUUUCUAAAGGAUUGUUACAAUAAUGUAAAUAAAAAUAAAAUGAACAGUUAAGUUUAAGAUGAUUGCGUGCGUAAGACAGAAAGAGAAAACGAUAAUUAUACUUGUAUAUUUUUAUUAAUUAUAUUUCUUACAUGAUGAAUAAAUUUAAUUGAAUGCUA